AUGAGUGGGUUCGAGUGCACGGGGGAGGCGAGUGUGAGAUGCGGCGGGGUCGUCAUCUUAGGAUAUUGGGAAAAAAGCCACCCAGGGCUUUCAACAUCAUCUGUGCUUGGGGGAUCAUCGAUAUUCGUGAGCGGCGACGGGCGGUUCCUGCUGCUGGAGACCGCCCCCGCGGUCCACGUGCUCGACGUGGCUGCGCGGCGGUGGAGGGGGCUGUUGCGACACGAUGACGCUCCAGCUGGGGGCGCGCACCAGACCUGCCGUGCACGGGGGACGCGGUGGCCACCUGGCUGGAGGAGCCGCGGCGACGUGCGCGUUUGGUCCUGCGAGGCGGUGGCCGUCACCCACAGCUGGGGGCUGCCGCCCUCGGGCGGGGCGGCUGGCGAUCCGGGCCGCCGCAUCCUCCACGUCGGGGUGUCGCGGCCGGCGGCGUCCCGCGGCUUCGACCUCGGCGUCCUGGACAGCGGGCAGGUCUUCCACCUCGUCCGGGUGCGGCCAGGGGUCCCACUGGCCGAGGAGGCCAUCACUCUAGCGCUCUCGAGGUCCGAGGAGGUCUCCGACUUCUCCGCGGACUUCCGCGGAGGGGCGCUUGCCGUCGUCGCCGCGGACCGGGUCGACGGGUGCGAUCGGCGGCUGCACGUCUGGCGCUUCGCCGACGACCGGGGCGCCCCGCUCGUCGAGCCGCGCCGGUGCACGCUGCCCUUCCGGGUGCCCUCGGCGAGCAUGCCGUCCAUCGCGCGCGUGGUGGGCCGCAGUUUCGUGCAGCUGAAGACCUUCGGGCUGGUGCCGUGCCCCCGGGCGCCCGGCGGCCUCGCCGUGGAGAUCGGGGAGCUCCGGCUCCUGGAGCUGCGCCGCGGCCUGGCCGGCGGCUUCCGGGGCGGGCCGUGGCGGGUGCAGGAUUCGGACGCGUCGCUCCUGCGCCGCGACCACGACUUGGUGUGCGGCCGGCUCGUCGCGUUCUGGGCGGCGGACCCGGAGGGGGAGGGGCCCCUUCGCACCCUCAGGAUCCUGGACCUGGCCCCCGGCGCGGAGCACCUGGAGGGCUGA